GAUUGCUUGCAGGGUUGAGCUAUGGCGCGCACGAAGCAGACGGCGCGGAAGUCGACGGGCGGCAAGGCGCCCCGCAAGCAGCUGGCCACCAAGGCUGCCCGCAAGAGCGCGCCGGCCACGGGCGGCGUCAAGAAGCCGCACCGCUACCGGCCCGGCACGGUGGCGCUGCGCGAGAUCCGGCGCUACCAGAAGUCCACGGAGCUGCUGAUCCGCAAGCUGCCCUUCCAGCGCCUGGUGCGCGAGAUCGCGCAGGACUUCAAGACCGACCUGCGCUUCCAGAGCUCGGCCGUCAUGGCGCUGCAGGAGGCCAGCGAGGCCUACCUGGUGGGGCUCUUCGAGGACACCAACCUGUGCGCCAUCCACGCCAAGCGCGUCACCAUCAUGCCCAAGGACAUCCAGCUGGCCCGCCGCAUCCGCGGAGAGCGCGCUGCAGCCCCGGGCUUCGGAAGAAGGCAAGCCCAGCCAGGGCAGAGAGUGAUCCCGGCGCGGGACGGGGCAGCGCGGCCCCGCCGGUCCGGGAGGGAGCGGCCGUUCCCGUGGGAGGGGCCGCGAGCCGAGGCCCGCCCUCCGCGGCUCGUCAAUGGCCGGACGGAGGGCGCGGGCGGAGCCUUUGGGCGCUGCGGGCGUCGCGAUUGCCCGGGCCGGUUCUGGCGGGCUGCGUGUUCAUUGUUGGUACGGGAUGGGUGGGAUCGCUCUGUUCCCGGCGCGCAGGGAGCCGCUGUCCCGGGCCGAUGGCGGCGGAGGGAGCGCGGGAUGUGCCGGAGCCAAUCGCGUCCCGCGCGCGCUUUUGGAAAGGGCGCGGGCGCCAAAGCCGCCCUGGCCACGGCCCGGGGCUCCCGCGGGCGGAAGAGCAAAGAGGCUCCUCCAGAGGCUCCCUACUGUGACGGCGUCGCGAAUGACGUUCUCCAGGAAGACCUUGAGCACGCCGCGCGUCUCCUCGUAGAUGAGACCCGAGAUGCGCUUGACACCGCCGCGCCGAGCCAGGCGGCGGAUGGCCGGCUUGGUGAUGCCCUGGAUGUUGUCGCGCAGCACCUUGCGAUGGCGCUUGGCGCCGCCCUUGCCGAGCCCCUUACCGCCCUUGCCCCGGCCAGACAUGGUCACACGCUCGCUGCUGCAGGUUCCGACACUGCCGCUGUCCCCUCGGUGCUGUCGGUCCGGGCUCGCCCUGUUCCGCCUCAGGUUCCCGGGAUGGCUGCAGUCCCUGAGCUCCGGCUCCGGGGCUCCGCCGGCCCGGCCGCCCCCGCGAUGCCUCAGCGUGUGUGGGCGCUGCGCUCUCCCGGACUCCCGGUAGCGAUGGCGCGCACGAAGCAGACGGCGCGGAAGUCGACGGGCGGCAAGGCGCCCCGCAAGCAGCUGGCCACCAAGGCUGCCCGCAAGAGCGCGCCGGCCACGGGCGGCGUCAAGAAGCCGCACCGCUACCGGCCCGGCACGGUGGCGCUGCGCGAGAUCCGGCGCUACCAGAAGUCCACGGAGCUGCUGAUCCGCAAGCUGCCCUUCCAGCGCCUGGUGCGCGAGAUCGCGCAGGACUUCAAGACCGACCUGCGCUUCCAGAGCUCGGCCGUCAUGGCGCUGCAGGAGGCCAGCGAGGCCUACCUGGUGGGGCUCUUCGAGGACACCAACCUGUGCGCCAUCCACGCCAAGCGCGUCACCAUCAUGCCCAAGGACAUCCAGCUGGCCCGCCGCAUCCGCGGAGAGCGCGCCUGAGCUCCCUGCCGUAACCCACGCAGACCCAAAGGCUCUUUUAAGAGCCACUACAUGCACAAUAAAAGAGCUGUAGCGCUGCCUAAAAAUUCCGUUGAA